GGGAAACAUGCUACGACAUUUAUGAGAAGUCACCUGACAAAGCUAAAUAACUUACCUAAAAUAAACCAGGAAACAGCUCAGAAGAAGUUUUCUUCUGAACUGCAGAGGCUUCUGGGCUCAGCUGCACAAACAGAGCCAUCUUCCAGCAGUUCUCCCUCUGCACUCUGAAGCCUCCACCAGAUGAAAUGGCUUAUGAGAGCAUGUAUGAGAGGUUCUUACCGGAGAGCGAUCAGAAAACCUCGGGCAUGUUGUGUACUCUUCACCACGAGAAAUUCAGACUCUUCUGCCUGGACCACCAACAGCCUGUGUGUGUCGUCUGCCGAGAUGCAAAAAACCACUCCAAACACAGAUUCAGCCCCAUCAAUGAAGCUGCACAGGACCACAGGGAGAAUCUGCUGACUUUCCUGAGACCUCUAAAGGUGAAGUUGGAGCUCCGGAAGAAAGACAAGGAGAAGUUUGAAGUAACUGCAGAACACAUUGAAGUCCAGGUCAAGCAGACCAGGAGACAAAUUGUGGAGCAGUUUAAGAAGCUUUACCAAUUUUUAGCAGAUGAAGAAGAGGCUAGAUUGGCUGAACUGAGGGAGGAAGAGGAGCAGAAGAGUGGGGCAAUGAAGGAGAUACUGAAGGCUCUCAACAGAGAAAUAAAAGCUCUUUCAGAAACUGUUAAAACCACAGAGGAGGAGCUGGAAGCUGAAGACAUCCCGUUUCUGCAUAACUACAAGAAUGUAGUAAAAAGAGUCCAGCGCUGCCCCCUGAUGGAGGAUCCACAACUGGCUUCAGGAGCUCUGAUAGAUCAGGCCAAACACCUUGGAAAUCUGGCCUUUAACGUCUGGAACAACAUGAAGGACAUCAUCUCCUACUCUCCUCUUGUUCUGGACCCAAACACAGCUCAUCCAGCACUCAUCCUGUCUGAAGAUCUGACCAGCGUGAGACGAGAGGACAAACAGCAGCUUCCUGACAAUCCAGAGAGGUUUGAUUUUUACAAUUCUGUGCUGAGUUCUGAAGGUCUUAGCUCUGGGACCAUAAGCUGGGACGUCGAGGUGGGAGAUGGUUUAUACUGGGGACUUGGUGUGUUGGCAGAGUCGGUCCAGAGGAAGGGAAACGUGACUGCUGGACUAUGGGUCAUAUAUCUCUCUAAAGGAAAAUACAUCGCAUGGUCACCAACAUCUCCAUCCACCGACCUCUGCAUCCAGGGAAGACUCCAGAGGGUCAGAGUUCACCUGGACUGGAAAAGAGGAAAGCUGUGUUUCUCUGAUCUGGAUACAAACAGUUACAUCCACAUCUUCACACACACUUUCACUGAGAAGAUGUUUCCAAUAUUUAAUGCUUCAGACAAAAUUAAGCUCUUACCGAUGAAGCUCUCGGUGUCAAAAUGGAAACUCUGAUUCUUGUUCAGCUUUCGAGCCCAGAGAGUAAGUGGACAUCUGUCCCAAGUAGUCAUGGUGCAGGUGUCCCCAGGAAUUUAAUCAGCGCCCCCUGGUGGUGUUCCACCUGGGGAGUGUGAACCGUUUAUCCAGACAGAAGUUAGUCUCUUUAGCAUUGCUUCAUAUUUUACAUAAAGUUAUUAUCAAAACAAUAAAAUCCAAAACUCAUCAAUUUUAUUUUCUUACAUUAUAAUUAACACAGAGCCACAUUCUGUUAAUCAACCCAUUUUGUUUUGACAUAUUAAACUUAUGGCUCCAUCUAAUUCAAACAGAACAAAAUGAUUACAGUUCUCUUGCUUUACAUGAAAGUUACCAGUAAGCAUAUUUUGCAUUACUGUAAGCCUCCUGCUCAGUUAAAGCCUCCUCCAUCUGUGCUCGGGCGAAGCUGUUUUUGUUAAAUAUCUGUGACGUCAACACCGGGAUACGAACAGAAUUGUGUUUAUCUGUGGUGCUGCACCUCUGCGUCUGAGUAAAGACCAUGAUGUCAGGUUUAGUUUCACUGUUUUAUGUUAAUAUUUCAACAUUUUACACCACAUGUUUACUAUUCAUGCAGAAAUAAUCUGUAUUUUAAUUUGAAUUAAUUCUGUAAAUAUGCAAAUGCAUAUGGGAUUAUUCAUUUUGUUGUUUGAAAUGUUCUUAAUGAUCCAAAAGCUUGAUAUUCUAAUGUGGACAUAUUUUACAUUUAAACUGAAUUUAAAUUAAAUUAAAAAAUGAGACAAAUCAGGUCAAACUUCUUAAUUUGGUUGUAAAUGCCAUCAAACAUGAUCCCGCAAUGUGCAAAGCAGAAAUUUGAACCCAUGACCUUUCUUGCUAUGAGAUGCAACCUACUGUCCCACUGUGGAAUCCCUCAUUGUGGUCUUAAACCGCAUGCUUAGAUUUUAACAGCAAUUUAAAGGUAAAUUUGCACAAGAAUGUGUAUUUAUGAAAUUAAGACAGCUUUAGUCCUGUUAUAUUCUGUCAUAUUCUGGCGAAUAUCCAUCCUUCCAGUGUCUGUUCUGGGUAUCUCGCAGGGUCCUGGAGGGGUCAGGGGAUUUUCUUCAACAGUUAUUAGGUGAUACUGAAGUAUGUUGUAACAAACACCCGUUCAUUGUCUUUCAAAGCCCUGCCUAAAUGGCACCGAUUCAAGAUGACGGUUUAGGUCUUCACUUUAAUAUGUUAGUCCACUGUUUGUCAAGUUUUUAGUUGUCAUUUUUUAGGUUCUAAAAGACACAAAUGAAGAUUUGUUGGUGCUUCUAGGAGAAAAACUUGCAGUUGACAAGAAGCUACAAUAAUAACCAAACUGGCAGGCAACAAUGUGGCAGCUUGGGUGGUUCCACCUGCUUAUCAGCUGGGCUCUGAUAGCCGGGCCUACAGCACGACAAACACUGGUUCUAUGUAGAGUAUUAAAAUGUUUUUUUUACAUGACAUAGUUUUAAAAUAAUUAUUAAAGAAAGAAUCUUUAACCUGAUCUACGAUAUGCAGCUCUGCUCACAGGCUCUUAUUACAUUCAGUGCUCCUUCAGAACGUAAAAAACUUGGGACAGACUAAUAAAAUUAGAAUAUUGUGCAACUUAAAGCAUAUUCAUAAAAAGGUUGAGUGGAAGGAUAUAGUGUGGUAGGCAAAGGUGCAACAGAGACAACUGCUGCCCUGAGAGGAUGUUAUUCACCUAACAGCAGAUGACCUGCAGGCUGCUAUCAAAGGAAUCUGGGCUUCCAGAACACCUCAACAAAACCUCAGGCUAAUGCCACGCCGAAUCUAUUCAGUAAGUCAUGCAAAAGGAGCCCAGACCAAGUACUGAGUGCAUAAAAAUGAACAUACUUUCCAGAAGCCUGAUAUUUCUGUUUAAAAUAUUCCUUUCUAUCAGUCUUCUGUAAUAUUCUAAGCUUCUGAGAUGUUGAAUUUAGUUUUUUUGUUUUCUGUAAGCCAUAAUUAUCAAAAUGACAAGAAAUAAAAGCUGAAAUGUUUCACUCUAUGUGUGAUGAAUCUAUACAUUCUAAAAUUAGUAACAAAAAAUGCGGACAUUUUCUGAGUUGUAUUUCAAAACCUCAAAAACAAGCAACCUUUGAAUUGCUUUUUUGUUAAAAACAUACUUCAGUAUGCAUUGUAUGCUGCAUGAAAAACAUUCAUCUGUAAUGUUUGUAUGGACAUAGUUUCAGUUUCUAUCCCCCCGACCUGUUAGUAGUUAGUCCAGAAUAACCAGUGGCCAAACCCAAGUUGCUGUAUUUAACAGUAGGAUUCAUGUCUUUGUUCAUGAACAUUCAUGGCUGAGGUGAAGCAAAUAUUGUUGAAACCUGUUCAGGAGAAAAGGUCAGUGCACACAUUCUGGAUCAUGAACGUUGAGCUUGCAUCUUGCAUGAGUUCUUAGUUGGAUUAACUCAUGCUGUAGCAAUUUACAAUAAUACAAUAAAGGAAUUAU